CUCACCGGGGGGGCGGGGUCGGAUCGGGGGGGCGGGGUCGGGCCGGGGGGGGCCGUGUCUCGCCGCGGCGGCCCCGCCCCGUGAUGGCGGCGCUGUCCCGCGCGGCGCGGGGCUGGGGCCGCUGGCAGCCGUGCGCGCUGGCGGCGGCGGCCGCUCUGGCCGUCUGCGCCUUCUACUACCUGGGCGGCGGCGGCGAGACCUUCUCCAGCGCCACCCGCCGCCUGCGCGCCACGCCGCCCGCGCCCGCGCACCGGCACCCGCCGCGCGGCGGCGAGGCGGCGGGCCGCGAUCUGCACCUCCUCAUGAUGUUCACCAAGGCGGAGCGGAGUCCCGCGCUGCGCGACAAGGGGCGGGCGGCGCUGCGGUCGCUGCUGCGGCACGGGCGGCUGGGCGGCGGGGACGCGCUGCACAUCCACCUCGUCACCGAGGGCGCCAGCCGCGACAUCGGCUUCGGGCUGCUGCGGGACAUGCUGCGCGGCGCCGCCUUCCGGCACAAGGUAAUUGUCCAUGAUGUGAAUGAGCUGACGGCAAAGCUGUUUCCAAUCGUCGAAGCCAUGCAGAAACACUUCAGUGCUGGAUCAGGGACCUACUACAGCGACUCCAUCUUCUUCUUGUCAGUGGCAAUGCAUCGCAUCAUGCCCAAAGAGAUAACACAGAUCAUCCAGGUAGACUUGGACCUGAAGUACAAGACCAACAUCCGAGACCUGUUUGAUGAGUUUGACAACUUCCCAGAAGGAGCAGUCAUUGGGAUUGCCAGGGAAAUGCAGCCAGUGUACAGGCACACGUUCUGGCAGUACCGCCGUGAGAACCCCCAAACCAAAGUGGGGGACCCCCCUCCUCAUGGGCUGCCUGGCUUCAACAGUGGCGUCCUGCUCCUGAACCUGGAAGCCAUGAGGCAGUCCAAGCUGUACAACCAGCUGCUGGAGCCCACCAUGGUGCAAAAGCUGACAGAGAAGUACCACUUCAAGGGCCACCUCGGGGACCAGGAUUUCUUCACCAUGGUGGGGAUGGAGCACCCAGAGCUUUUCCAUGUGCUUGACUGUACGUGGAACCGGCAGCUUUGCACAUGGUGGAAGGAGCAUGGAUACAGUGACGUGUUUGACCAGUACUUCCAGUGCGAGGGUGAGGUCAAAAUUUACCACGGGAACUGCAACACCCCGAUCCCUGAAGACUAGGGCUCCGCAAUGCCGGGAGCAGCUCGGGCUGCAGCCAGCCCUGCAGACCUGUAUUGGCUGCACCUGCAACCCCUUGGGAAGGAUGGCCAGGCCCCAUCCAUUGCAUCCCAGGGGGAUCCCUUGGGAUGCCAAGAAUGUUCAGUAUCUCACUGCCUGUCACCUCACUCCUCCAGGAGGAAGUGCAGUCCAGUAGAUGGAGCAGGACAUUCACACUCACCAUGCCUGGAGCUCAGCUCCUGGCUCUGCUUGGGGCAAGUACGUGGUGCCCAUCUGUGCCACAGCCGCUCAGGCAUGGGGAAAACCAAGGGGCCGUCAGGUGACUGCUGCUUUUGCACAUGGCAGGGUGCUGCUCUCGGGGUGCUGUGCAGCCUUGCCUUGUCUAAUGAGCAGCAGGAGCCCACAGCCAAGCAGGUGGGUUUCAUUUGGCAUUCCUUGGUGGCCCAUUUCUGCACCUCAUGCAGAGCAUCCGUCUGAUCCUUCUGGAGAGAACACACCGUCCUCAGGUCAUCUUCCUUUUGAAGCAUUCCAGAAAGGCAAGAGGGUUUUAAAGACUGAAAAGCUGCUUUAAAUUGGGCUACUUACAAAUAAAAACUGAACACUAGAUGAGCUUUAAAGCCUUCCGUUGCGCAAUGAAAGUUUUACCUCCCUAUCUUGCCUUAGAAGCGUUCAGUGAGUGUGUACCAAUGGGUUCAUUUUUCUAGCUUUGCCUUUAAACUUUGAUAUAAGAAUAAAGCUGCAGAUGUAGAACACA